GGAGUGGAACGAGCAGUGGGUACCGUAGCCAAUAGGACGUGGGAACAAGCGCGUCUUGUGGCGCUGUCACUUUUCGCGCCUGCGCUCAGAGUCGGCGGCGCGAGGGUCUGUCUCAGUCCCGGAGGGCGAUUCCGUUCCCCUUUCGGAGGGCGGUGGGAGGGCGACAGGGAGGGGUCGUUUGGUGCCGGUGACGCGCCAUGACGGCGAACGAAGACCAAGAGAUGGAACUAGAAGCAUUACGUUCUAUCUAUGAAGGCGAUGGAUGUUUUAAGGAACUUAGUCCUGUUUCAUUUCAAUAUAGGAUAGGAGAUAAUGGAGAUCCUAAAGCCUUCUUAAUAGAAAUAUCUUGGCCAGAAACAUACCCACAGACAGCUCCAGCCAUAUCUAUGGAUGCAUUCUUUAACAAUGCCAUAUCCUCAGCCAUAAAACAAAGUAUAUUGAAUAAAUUAAUGGAAGAAGUCGAAGUUAACCUUGGAACCUCAAUGACCUAUACAAUUUUUGAAUAUGCCAAAGAUAACAGAGAGCUGUUCAUGGAAAAUCAACCUGUUAGUACUGUGACCGCAUUAAACAACUGCAUCUCAACUGGACAACCUGAUACAGCUCGACCAAGUAAGAAGAAAGAGAAAAAGGAACAAUUGUCCAAGACACAAAAACGGAAGCUAGCAGACAAAACAGAUUACAAAGGAGAACUUCCUCGAGGAUGGAAUUGGGUCGAUGUAAUCAAGCAUCUAAGCAAAACAGGCUCUAAGGAUGAUGAAUAAGAAGACUUUGAAAUAGGAAAAUAUCAACAUUAUUACUGCGCAAUCUGGAGGCAAUUUCUGUACUUUUCCCUCCCAAUAUUUUAUAAAAUGACAGUUCAUUCCAGAAGUUAAAUGUGCAAAGCUGUUCUCAGCCAGAAGGACAUUUAUUCUGGUAUUCAUCACUAUUUCCACAUCACAGUUCACUUUUAAAGAAGAUACUCUGACACUGGUGUCAUUCUAUUUGGAUUAGAAAUAUAAUGACUCUGAAGAGAACAAUAUUUAAUUCAUAUGGUUACAUUCUAUAUUGAAAGGAUCAUGAAAACAUCUUGUAGUUAUGUGCUAGCAAGAUCAUUAGCUUCUAAGAGAAGAUAGUUCAUUUGGACUCUACCUGGUUAAAAAUAAAACAGACUUUUUUA